AAAAAAAAAAAAAACACUAAUCCAUAAAUCGAAUCUCAUCUCCCUCUCUUUCUCAAAAUCCUUGUUAGUAUCCCCCUUGCCUCGUCCCCUCUCUGUCUGCGUGUGUAUCUUUAUGUAAUGUAUUAUUGCAGGAAACUUGUUUUAUUAUUGAUUUUUAAUUAUUUUUUUAUUUGAGGAAGAGUGAUAUAGAGAUUGAGUCAUUUUUGAGAUUCAAAUAGAAUUGGUAGGAGGACGACGAGCUCAGGAUACAAAUGCUUGGAUCUGCUGGUGAUGGGCUCCACCUUGCACAAGUUGAAAAAGAAGAGAUUUAUGGUUCAGUAUUUAGUUGUCUGAAAAUUAUUCUGUAUUGAGAAGAGAUUUUAUGGGGUAAAGAUUGGGAGGCCGAAAUGGUUUUACAUCCCAAAUAUUUAAGAACAUGGAAGAGAUGCGAGAUGACAUGGAGCCAACAGAACAAGGACCUUCUAAUGCUCUGUGGUGGGGUUCUGAUUUCAUGGAGAAAUUUGAAUCUGUUUCUUUGCUUUCACAAGGAGAUAGUUUGAGUAAUAAGGAAUCACCUAGAAAUUAUGAGGAAAAUGGUUUGUCUUCGCUGACUGCGUCACAAAUUCUUUGGAGCACAGGACUGCUUUCUGAACGAAUUCCAAAUGGUUUUUACUCUGUCAUACCGGAUAAAAGGCUAAAGGAGCUCUUUGAUAGUAUUCCAACCUUAGAUGAGCUUCAUGCUUUGGGUGGUGAGGCUUCCAAGGCUGAUGUCAUUUUUGUAGAUGCAAAGAAAGAUAAAAAAUUAUCUAUGCUCAAGCAGUUGACUGUGGCACUAGUGAAAGGAUUGAAUUCAAAUCCAGCUGCAAUGACAAAAAAGAUUGCCGGAUUGGUAUCUGAGUUUUAUAAAAGACCAAAUGUGGAAAGUCCAGAAAAAGCUGCACUGGAGGAAACCUCCCACACGUUUGAAAAUCGAGGUGUUCAGUUACUUGGACAAAUAAAGCAUGGAUCUUGCCGUUCUCGAGCAAUCUUGUUUAAAGUUUUAGCUGAUACUGUAGGUCUUGAAAGUAGGCUCAUGGUGGGUUUACCAAAUGAUGGAAGUGUUGAGUGCGUUGACUCAUACAAGCACAUGUCUGUGAUGGUUGUGCUGAACUCUGGGGAACUACUGGUUGAUCUUAUGCGGUUCCCUGGUAAGUUGAUACCCAGGUCAACAAAGGCAAUUUUUAUGACCCAUAUUUCAGCUGCAGGGGAGAGUGAUUCUGCAGAAAAUGAUUCCUGUGAUUCACCUCUUGAACCAAAUAGUCCUCUAUAUGGCUUUUCACAGAGAGUGGAUCCUGACAGUGCUGAGAAAGAUGAGAACCUUCAGUUCCAUGGGAAGUUAGAGGCAGCAACAAAUGUGUCAGGUCCUGCAUUGCGAAAUAUGAUGUUGCAUUCUGCCACCUCUAUUGACAGGGAAUUGAACAUAAUGUUGGAUGUUCCUUUUCUUCCUUCCACUCCCAGUUUAUCACACAGUGAGCCCAAUAUUGCUACUGCCUUUUGGAGACGUAGCCGGAAAAAGGUCAUUGCUGAACAGCGGACUGCUAGUUCAAGAUAUCAUUAUCCAUUAAACUGGUUUUGCAGUCCAGAGCAUCCUUCAUUUCGAGCACGGGGACGGUCAAUGUUGAGUGGUGACAGGCACUCAAUCAAAGAUUAUGCUGUUGAAGAAGUUGCAUCAAGGUGCUUACCUAUUUGUUCCAAUUACUUGUGCUGCAGGUCAGUGGGUGCAUCAACAGCAGAAGCCCUUAGAAUAAGAAGGAGAAGCAUUAGCAUGACUCCAGAGAUAGGCGAUGAUAUCGUAAGGGCUGUUCGUGCAAUGAAUGAAUCUUUGAAGCAAAAUCGGGUUUUAAGGGAGCAAGGUGAUGAUAGGUCGUUUGCAAACUCUCUGGAUGACAAGGACAAUGGUCCAGACCUCCAGGAAAAUGCAUCUAAUUUUGAUCUUGAUGGUCAUGAUGCGCUAUCUGGUAGAAGGUCUGCCUUGUAUACCCUUCAAAGGGACCACAUAAGUUCCCAAAAUGCCAUAUCAUUGCCAUCGUCUCCACAUCAAUAUAGGAGUCAAAUGUCAGAACCAAGGGGACCUUCAGUUCAUGUGAAUGAUGAAUUGGUUUCAACAUGGAAAAAAGUUCUUGAAUCUCCCAUGUUCCACAAUAAGCCUCUAUUGCCAUUCCAAGAAUGGAAUAUUGAUUUCUCAGAACUAACUGUUGGGACUCGUGUUGGCAUUGGAUUUUUUGGGGAAGUUUUCCGUGGUAUAUGGAAUGGAACAGAUGUUGCAAUCAAAGUUUUUCUUGAGCAAGAUCUAACUGCCGAAAACAUGGAGGACUUUUGCAACGAGAUAUCCAUUCUUAGCCGACUUCGACAUCCCAAUGUUAUCUUAUUCUUGGGUGCUUGCAUGAAGCCCCCUCACUUGUCAAUGGUUACUGAAUAUAUGGAGAUGGGGUCAUUAUAUUAUUUGAUUCAUAUGAGUGGUCAGAAAAAGAGGCUUAGUUGGCGGAGGAGGCUAAAAAUGUUGCGUGAUAUAUGCAGAGGGUUGAUGUGUAUCCAUCGGAUGAAGAUAGUUCACCGUGACCUGAAAAGUGCAAAUUGUCUUGUGAAUAAACAUUGGACUGUUAAGAUAUGUGAUUUUGGGCUCUCCAGAAUAAUGACAGAAACACCAAUGAGAGACUCCUCUGCGGGAACUCCAGAAUGGAUGGCUCCUGAACUUAUUCGUAGUGAACCCUUCACUGAGAAAUGUGAUAUUUUCAGCUUUGGGGUGAUUAUGUGGGAGCUUUGCACACUGAAUAGACCAUGGGAAGGAGUGCCACCAGAAAGGGUAGUUUAUGCUGUUGCUAAUGAGGGAUCCCGUUUGGAGGUUACUGAAGGUCCACUGGGCAGGUUAAUUUCAGAUUGUUGGGCAGAACCGCAUGAACGGCCAAGCUGUGAAGAGAUACUCUCUCGGUUGCUCGACUGCGAGUACACGCUCUGCUGACUGUCUUUUUUUUUUUUUUUUUUCUUUUGUAUUAUAGUAAACAUGGUAGAGGCUUUGCAAUGUGUUCCGGCUCAGUUCUCAACUGUCUUCAAACCUUCAAUUUUCGGACUUCAAUGGAACCAUGGAAUCUCUGUGCAAUAGAAUUGGGGAUGUUAAGGUCUUUAUUUUUUAGGGGGUAAUUUAACUGUCGGAAAUUGCAUAUAAUGUAUGAUCUCUUUCUUUCUGCAUGAAACUACCAAAGGCAGAAAAAAAAAAUAAAGAAAAGAAAAGAGUUAAUGGCUAA